AUGAUUCAGCCCGGUAAGUGCUGGUUCCAGUACAAGAGCUCCGACCUGCGAGAUGGUCAGCUGGGCUGGACCAAUUCGCCCUUUUUUGCCAACACCUAUCCUACCAACGCAGAGUGCGUAUAUAUUUUCGUACCAGCAGCUGGUGAAACAGUAGCCCUCGCCUUCACUACCUUCCAGACCACAGAGGAGCCCAGCCAUCAGGACGGACGUCGCUAUGGUGAUUCGUCACGUGCCUGUCACAAGGUCAGUGACUGA